AUGCCCGAUCUCAUCUCCAUGGACAUCUUCAUGGACACCCAGCUCGUGAUCUUUCUAGGAAGUGACUAUACCUGCGGUCCAGACAAGCCUUGCUCCAAUGGUGCGUGCUGCGGUGAAGAUGGAUGGUGUGGCUACAGCCCGACGUACUGUGGUGACGGCUGCCAGUCCAACUGCGACGCCAAGGCCGAGUGCGGCGAGUUCGCCGCCACCGCGGGCCAAACAUGCCCUCUGAACGUCUGUUGUUCCGAAUUUGGCUUCUGCGGCACUACCACCGACUUCUGCAAAGAAGGCUGUCAAUCCAACUGCGAACAACCCAAGCCUAGCGGUUCCUCGUCGGAUGUCCAGCAGAGAGUCAUUGGCUACUGGGAAACAUGGAACAUGCAAAAGCCUUGCGGCACCAUGGGCCCCAGUGAGAUUCCAGUGCACCUCCUGACUCAUCUGUUCGUUUCCUUCGGAUACAUCAACGACGCAUUCCAGGUCACCAACAUGGACGGCAUCGAUCCUGGCUUGUACAAGUCUAUAGGUAAUGUUAAGGCCAGGAAUCCCAGUCUCAAAAUUGUCAUUGCCCUUGGCGGUUGGACUUUCAGCGAUCCCGGGCCGUGGCAGAAGGUUUUCCCCACGCUAGCAUCUACUCCGGAGAACCGGGCCACAUUCAUCAAGAACCUCAUCGGUUUCCUAUCAGAGUAUGGCUAUGAUGGAGUCGACUUCGCCGACGACCGCGGUGGCUCGGAGGGCGAUGGCGAGAACUACACAGCACUGCUCAAGGAACUCCGCGAAGCCAUCAACGCAAGUGGCAAAGACUACAUCGUGACUUUCACUGCUCCUUCCUCAUACUGGUAUCUUCGUCACUUUGAUCUCAAGGGAAUGGAGGCCCAUGUGGACUGGAUCAACCUCAUGUCCUACGACCUACACGGCGUGUGGGACAGCUCAAACCCCAUAGGGAAUCAAGUUCUCGCCCAUACUAACCUUACAGAGAUUGACCACGCACUAGACUUGUUCUGGCGGGUUGACAUCCAACCCUCAAGCGUCGUGCUUGGGCUAGGGUUUUACGGCCGAUCCUUCGAGCUUGAAUCUGCCUCUUGCUGGAAGCCUGGCUGCGCGUUCAAGGGCCCUGGGGCUGCUGGUCGUUGUUCCAACACAGCCGGCAUCCUAUCCUACAGCGAGAUCAUGGACAUCCUCCAAAGCACCGGGGCUACUGCUUAUCAUGAUGAGGCUGCCGCGGCAAAGUAUCUGGUUUACGCGGAUAACAGCUGGAUCUCCUUUGACGAUGUGACCACGUUCCAAGCCAAGAUCGACUACGCCAACAGUAUGGGCCUCGCAGGAGUCAUGAUUUGGGCCAUCGACUUGGACACAGGAAAUCUUGACGCCCUCAGGGCCAUCUCCAGUUCCAACAAGAUUGGCGGAACCAACACCAAAUUCACCAUGGUCGACUUGGACAGGCUGUUCCCUGCUGACCUUCUACCCUCCGAGGACGAUCCGGCUAGCUAUGGUCUAGUGAACUUCGGUUCCAACGCGAAUUCGGGAGAGACGGAUCCUGCAAAGACUGGAUUCGGCUUUAUGCUCGUCACGGGUGACUCUUACGCAGUUGCUUCGUUGAAAAAGCGAGAGGAUGGACCGGAGCCUCUCGUGUUCCUUGAUUGUCCGGUCCAGAAGCGGGACCAGGCCCAUGAUAAGCCGCAACAAGCAAGAGUUGCGUGUUUCAGCAGCGACAUCAAGGGCUGCUUCCAACUCAUGGAACGCGGAGUUGAAGGCACCAUCAUCGAGAUGCCCGAAAACUGCGCAGCUGGUACGUUGGCGCGCGCUAUCAGCAUUGAAGUAUCAGAGGAUCAGAGUAUUCCUGUCGGCCUUUCCGGGAGAAGUCUCACGUCUGAUGUCUACACUCUAACUUUCGAUUUCAACCUGAGCAAUGCCCGCAGGGACACAAGCAACACCAGAGUCAGAAUGGAUUACUCCAACAUCAGAGGAUACUGGAACUACGCCGUCAACUCCCCAGGUGUGCAGAGUGGUAGUCAAAAGAGAUACCAUGCCCCGACGACGGCUGACUGGCGGGAGAUGUUCACCAAGUCGCAGGAGAUGGACAUUUACGAGGACGCGUACCCGAUCAAAGAAGAUUUGAGUUCUCCUCUGAUUUGGGAUUCCGUCGACGACUGUCUCGUCAACAGCAAGGAGUUUGACCAGGGCUUUGCUGCGCAUGUUGAAGGAACCCUCGACGCAAGGUUUUACUACGGGUUCUCGAUGAUUGCAACAAUGGACCAGGGGUCUCUCAAGGUCGACCAAGCCAGCGGCUUCCUGACGGUGAAGGGCAGUACGGACUUGACCUUCACUGCCGGUGGAGUCGGGGUAGUUGAUCUCGACAAGACCAAGAAAGGAAACCCGGCGCUCACGAGCAACAAGCCCGUCAACCACCAGCCUCACCUCAUCGAAGCCGGAGACUCGGGCGCCUACAUUUCUCUUUCCCCUUACUACACAGUCGACCAUCAAAUCGCAUCUUUCAACGAGACUGGAGGCGGUAGCAUGAGUCCCAGUGGGCCUUAUUUCAACGGCCAGCUCAGCACGAGGGUCAAGUCGGACUUUGGUGACUUCAACGCCUAUUUUCCCCCAACCAAAGAAGACAGGUUGAGGAUCAGGGAUAGUGAUCGACUGAAGAACCAGAUUUCCAUCCCCGACGAAAAUGUCCUUUACAGUAGUACCGGCAACGGUGGAAGACUUGCUCUCGGAACCUACAUCAAAUUUGGUAUGAAGAUCCAGUUUGCAAACCUGGGACGCGGCCUCGGCAGCGGUUGGACAGUUGAUCUUCCAGAGAUGAUUUUGAAUUAUGGCACCAUGGCAGAGUUCACCUUCUUCCCCGGCAGCGGGGGCUCAACAGCAUGCACCGAUUACAAAAUCGCUACCGGAGUCUACCAAAGUGUCAAGAAUGCGGGCAGCGUUGGAUGGGACGAAACAUCAAGCUUGGUGCAGGUUGCCAGUGACAGCCAAGGUCCAAGUGACGGCAAGGUGUGCUAUCCCGUCGCGUCUCCCGCCGCCGGAGUGAUGCCAGGAUGGAACUACAAUUCUGGCAGCAACGUCGAUCCCACGGAGUACCUUCCUGGGGACAUGGGCGACGAUUUCUCGGGCAAAUCGGCUUUCUCGUGUACGAACUGCUUGAGCUGCGGUAGCAGCAGCACCGGCGGAAACGAGAAUUCCGGAAAGUGCUGCGGUUGCGAGAACAUGAACGUCGUCUACUGGGACAGGGACAUGCCGUCCUGCCCCGAGUGCGACAAGCCCGAACCACGUGAGAGCUGGCCCGGCACCGUGCCCAAUGCCAAAAGAGAUGCCCUGGAUAACACGACGUCGGAUCCGGAGAACAACGGCGACUUUGCGCUGCUCGACAAGCGCAAAGCCGGCGAAGCCACCAUGAUGAGCAAAGACAUGACAAUAUGCAAACAAGCCUGGGAGACAGCGGGUCAAUUCAUGUACCCAGCCUUUCCGAGACCCGCAGCGAAUCCUUGGGACGGAAUACAGAACGGCAGGUGGGACAGCAUUUCGAAAUACUGGGGAAAUUCGUCGGCAUCAUGCUCGGACUGGUCGGUAACCAGGCUGGCCCAGGCGGACACCGAGUUGGUUAACGGCGUGCUCAUCAGAUCGCCAUACAACAACCUCCGCGCAGCUGAGCAUGUCUUCGAAGGGCAGACCAUCAGUCAAUUUUUCAACUCGUGGUUAGACAAGGGUUAUAUCCCCGGGCAAAUGCCCCCUCCUUCCAACCCUACCCCCAAGAUGCCCUGCGCCAUCAUUGAAAAGACCAUGUUCGACGAAUCUUCUACUUCGCCAUGGACCGACUCCAAUGGCAAAGUAGUGGGCUUCAUUGAUCUGUUGACGUCAGAGCUGGGUAACGAAGCUCACAAGGACCGCCUGGCCAUUUACAAAAGCAGGCCCAACAUGAUGAAAGGCCGGAUUUUCAGUGGGAAACAGUGCACCGACAUAAAAGAGUUCAAGAAGAUGAGCAUGGACGCCCAGUUGCAAGCUACGAAAGAGUUGGGCCUGGUUUUCGAAUACAUGAACAACCCGACGAUUUGGUCCAUGUAUUGCGGCACUUACGAAAAUAUCCACACGGCACUCGGACAUUUCGACAACUGGUAUGCCCAGAGUGGCAACACGGUCACCAUCCCAAAUCUCCAGAACGAAUGGAAACUGUACAUCGAAACCGUCUUGAAGUCAAUGGUGCAACGCUCGCGGACUUCUUUCGAUGACCAAUACAGAGAGGCAAUCUCCCGCCUUCAAUCCGGCAACAAUGCCCACGCGUUCUACAGAUCACACUGGGCAACGAACCAGUUUCAAAACCGGGCCAAGAUUCGUAUCACUACCAAGUGUGGUCUUCCCAUUGUAGAAUCUGGAUCCUGGGAAUGGGAACCCCAGGACGGCAAGAAGCUACGCUUCCAAUGCUGCGGCAGACUAUCCAGCGAACCAGGGUGCGAAAAGGGACCUCAUGACUGCCCAUUCCAGAAGCAGAAGAAGAAGAGAGUCCAGGACGACGCAGAGCACAAGAAGAGAUCCAUUCUUGAAACAGAGUCUCUCUGGGAACGCAACGCGUCCGGAAAGCGGUUGGAAGUCUGGCGCGUACUGGAGGAGUCCAUGGAGGCACAGGCUCAGUUUGAGGCUGAGGAGAAGGCUAGCAGGGAGAGAAGGUACGAGGAGGAGGCGGCAAAGGAGACCCCGACGGACUUCGCGAGGGAGGGGUUGGUUAUGGAGGCGUACUGA